GCAGCGGUUGCGUCAUCUGCGUGUGCUGACCGCCACGGCGAAGGUGACGCAGCACGGCAAACGGGGUCGGCGGGCAGUGUGUAUCAGGCAGUGAAAGGAGGAGGUUGUGCGUCGGCCUCUCUCGUUCACAUGUCACGAUUCAGCCCACCCUCUACACCACCCACGCCCCGACACGCCUUCCACCCACGCCCACACGCCACCCCCAGCGCUCCUAAGCCCCCCGGAAGCCCCCGCGUCACCCUUGGAGGAAGUUCGAGGCAGGAGGCGGCCCGCGGAAAACUUUGGGUAGCGUAGCGGGAAGUUCGGGAAGGCAGGUAUGGACCGGAGAAAGGAGUCAUGUUUACCCGGGGAUUACAUGGAUGGGUAAUCUCGGGCGAGGUGUGUGUCCGCGUACCUGUCCUGACGUGAGCUCCGCCGCGGCCAGGGGGACAGACGGACGGAGAGGCUCGGCGAGGACAGGAACACACGCCCCGCACGUCACCAAGCCACGAGAGACUGUCGGAGCCUGUCUUGCCUGAUUUUAAGCCUGUGCCAAGCCUGUUCAGACCGUCAUAUCAAGCCCGUUACUCAUGGUCCCUAGUCUUGUAUUGAGUAUAAAGGUGAUCCCUGGUGUGUUUUGAAUCUGCUAGGGUUUCUUUGAAGUCUGGCACAGAUGUCAUAGAUAGAAACACAAAUGCACUAACCAAAGAAAUAACUGGACUGGUUGUCAAAAAAAGAGAAACCAUAGGAACAAGCAGGUAGAAAACACGUUGCAGCCUCGACUAAACACAGACAGACAGGUAGCAGAAACAAACAAGGGAGUAAGGAACCGGCCCUGGAAAGGAAAGGGACUGGAAGGAACAGGAUCACGAUAACAAAGAAAAGAAACAGAGGAGGAAAAGAGCAGGAAAGGACAAAGCCUGCGAACGGACGGCUGAGCAGAACACGCAGACGGACUGUUGAUGCGUGUGGGGGUCAACGGCUGGGGCAAGAAAGUGCCUAGCAGACGCCCAGGUGACCGCCACGAGGAGGCUUUGGCCACUCACGCAGAACACGUCACGAGUCACUACACCGCGGGAAAGAAAAACAACAAGUCAUUGCGGCCGAAGAGAAAAUCCACACGUGGCAAGGUUCUGCGUCACUGCGUCUCCUUUGUCUGUCUGCGUCAUCAUCUGCGUUCGUCUGCGUCAGUAUCUCCGUCUGCCUCUCCUGAAAAAUGUAUAUUGAAAAAGUGAGAGAAAGGUAAUGGCAAAGGGAUUGAAUGAGAAAAUAAAGAGUGAAGGGCAAAAGUACUUCUGAGACAAGAAAAAUUAAAGAAAAAAGGUUGAUUGUACUGUACGUGGCUCUUCAUUCUCGUUGUUGUGGCUUUUUUGUGUUUUUAUUUCCUCUCUCCACAUUUUCCGUGGUGAUAGAAAGGAAGAAAAAAAGUCUCUUUGCUAAGGUGUGAGUCCGCUGUGAAGGGUUGAAUUAAACUUUGCACAGAAAGAACGAAAAAGUAUUAAGAGCAAGGGAUUUUUCUUUACUAAUAUUGCGUCUCCUCCGUCUUAAGGUCAGGUGGUGUUACUUUCUCAACUUUCUUUAAUGAAGUUUACUCUGGAAAGUGAAUAAAGAAAAGACACUGGUUGCACUUCCAAGUACGAGGCAGUUUUCUCUCUCUCUCUCAAUCUAUCUAUCUCCAUAUCUCUCUCUCGUGCUAUUCACAAGUAUUGAUGGCUCGAGCUGAGACGAACGACAAACAAAUAACAGAAGAAAGAGAACAGUGAGGUGAAAGAAAAAGCAAAGAAGUCCAAAUAGAAACACAAGAAACUGAGAAAAGACUGUUAGAGAAGGAAAAUAAGAGUCGAGGAGCCAAAGGAAACAGAAGAAUAAAACUGAGAGCGUGAGAUAGGAACAGGACAAAGAAAAGGAGGAGGAGGAGAGAAAGAUCGGACAAAAGAGGCGAAAAAGACAAAGUAGAAACAAAAGAAACUGAGAAAAGACUGUAAAGGGGAGGAGAGCUGAAGUGGAGAACAUGAGAAAGUAGACGAAAAGAAAACUCAGAACAAAGGAAGGAGCCAAAUAAGAAGGAGGAGGAGGAGGAGGAAGGAGAACUAAAGGAAACAGAAAAAUAGAAAGAACGCGAAGUAACAAGAGGACAAAGAAGUGACCAGAGAAGGGGAGAAGGAGAAGCAGGAGGAGAAAGAGUAGAGUGGAGGGGGAUACAGUAACGCCACACCCACGCAAUGCUCUCGUACCUGCACACCGAUGACAACCACUUCGCAGAGGACCACACGAGGGCGUUACCUGGACUAAUUACGUGACUCGGCAGGUGUGAGUGCGUUCUGAACCUUCCCCAUGGCGUCGUGUUCCCCCCUGGUCGUUGUUGUCGUCGUUUCCGUACUUGUUGUUGUCUCUCCGUCUGAACUCUCAAGAUGAAUGUCUGUGAUAAGUGGCUUGUCUCGAGGCGCCCUUAAUCUUACCUGUGUCUGGUGAUUAGUCUACCUGAGCACACCUGUUGACACCUCUGCACAGACUAUCCCUAUACCUGCUUGCAUACAGACUCACACUUGCGCAAACACACACACGCGCAAACAAACACACACGCAAACACACACACACACACACACACACACACACACACACACACACACACACACACACACACACACACACACACACUCACACAUGUUCGUGGUCUUUUGUGUCACCUGAAAAAAAAAAGAACUGUGAUGCAAAACCCUCCACGUAAAGACAAACUGGAGAUUACUCAGUGAAAGAAAAAUACAAGACCGGUGAACAAAAGAAAAUAAAGAAAGAAAUAGAAAGUAAAGAACGAAAACAAGACUGAGCAGGAAAAAUAUUUAAAAAGAUCCCCCACUUGACCCAAAAUCGAGAAAAAAAUACAAAUCAUGAAACCCCGCGAGUGUGACCUCCUUCCACGCUGACCUCUGACCUAAGCUGACCUUCUGCGACCCCAACCAGCCAGGCAAACACGUAGCCAUGCCGGGGACGGAGGUAACGGUCGAGGACGUGGACGUGGACGUGGAGAUCAGGGGGCCGGUGCUGACCGUGGGGAUGACCUUUCCGGCGGUGGAGGCUUGGCUGGACGCGCACCCCGACCUCGCCGCGGACUACUUCGUGAGGAAAGCCGAGCUGAGCGCCGUCAACAAGUGGCUGGUGGCGCACGGCUUCCUGACGGUGACGCAGGGCUCCUCCAGCAGGCGCGGGUCCAACAGUCUCACCGGCAGCCCGUCUAACAGCCCGUCCUCGCCUAUUGACAAGAUGGUGGAGUCGCCCUUCUCCGGGGACGACGAGUUGUCCCGCCGCCCCAACUCGAAGCGGUACCUGCGCCACAACUUCGCCAAGAGCAAAAGCAAGAGCGUCUUCAGGACCUACGAACCCUCGGCGGCGUCUGCGGCGGCGGAGGCACGACGGAGCAGCUUCAGAGCCAUGAGAAAGUACAGCUCCCUUCCACCCUCAUCGAACUACAUGCUCUGUCUUCUGAUCGAGUCGAAGGUCCGCCUGCCACGCUUCGAGAGCACCACGCUAGACCACAAGAAGGAGUUGCGGUCCAAUGACGAGAAGGACUUUUUCCUCAACAUCGUUAAGGACAUCGCCAACGACCUGGACCUGAAGAGCCUGACGCACAAGAUCAUCGUCAACCUGCGGGUGCUGAUGUGUGCUGACGGCGCCUCGCUCUUCAUUGUGCAGAACACGAGCGCCGGGAAAAAGGUCCUCGUCUCAAAGGUGUUCGACGUCCACAGUGGCACCAAUAUCUACCCCGCCACCACCGAGGACAACGCCAUGGAGGUGCCCUGGGGGAAAGGUAUCCUGGGCCACGUGGCUGAGACGGGGGACACCAUUAACCUCACCUCAGCCUACCAGGACCCUCGCUACAACGACGAGGUGGACCGUAUCACCGGCUACCGCACCGACUCCCUGCUGUGCCUGCCCGUCAAGAACUCAUACGACGAGAUCAUCGCCGUGGCCCAGGUGGUCAACAAGAACUCCGACUACAACCACGGCGCCUUCACCCUCAAGGACGCGAAGGUGUUCGAGACUUACCUGCAGUUCGUGGGCAUCGCCAUCACCAACGCCCAGCUGAUGGAGGCGUCCCAGGCAGAGUACGAGAGGAACAGGAGUCUGCUGGAGGUGGUGCACGAUUUGUUCGAGGAGCAGACGUCGAUCGAAAACGUGAUCCUCAAGACGCUGCAGCGGGCACAGCGGCUCCUCAAGUGCGAGCGUGCCGCCGUGAUGCUGUUGGAGGACGGCAGCGAGGAGGGAGACCAGCCCGGAGGAGUAGUAGGCGGAGGACUAACAGGAGGAGGUGGAGGUGGAGGAGGCGGAGGAGGGGGAGGAGGGGGCAGUGAAGGAGGGGAGGAGGGCCAAGGCUGGGUGGUGGUGCGGCGCGAGACAGACACCCCUCUCUCCCCCCCUCCCAUGUCCACCGUCAACAAGGUCAUGGCGCAAGUGACCACGCGGAACAACAAGGUCAGGGAAUCGAAGCCGCGUCCACCUCCUCCACCGCCUCCACCGCCGAUACUGCUCCUCCAACCACCGCGCCUGCAUAUGACCCGCCUGCAACCACCGCCUCCACCUCCACCGCCCUUGCUGCCGCCUCUUCCACCCAAAGUGCCAAAUGACGUCAAAAGCGUGCCAACCGGAGGGCGUGGUCAAGAGAUGUUGGAUACUUCACUAGCGUCUGCAGGCAAGAAACAGAAUGUGAAGUUUUCCAGAAUAUUUGAGCUGAACUGUCCCGUGUCCGGCCAGAGCACCAACAAUGCCAAGCAGGUGGGCUCGAGUGAGAUGGCCAAGCACCUCCUUCACUUGGCGGAGCAGGUGGCCUCGACAGGGGAGAACCUUAACAUAGCCGAGUGUUUGGAGGUGGAGAAGGGGAGUGCAGGCAACGUGAGGUCCAUGUUAGCGAUGCCCAUACGAAACAGGAACUUCCAGAUAAUUGGUGUGGCGAAGAUCAUUAACAAGCUGAACGGCCAACCCUUUGAUGAGAAUGAUGAGCAGCUUUUUGAGGCCUUCACCAUCUUUUGUGGCCUGGGCAUCAACAACACCCUCAUGUACAACGAGCUGGAGAAGGCCAUGGCCAGGCAGAAGGUGGCCAUUGAGGUCUUGUCAUAUCACGCCACGGCUUCUGCGGACGAGGUGUUGAGUCUCCAGCGCGAGGUCAUUCCUGAGGCCAGCAAGUGGAAUCUGGGUUCCCUAACCUUUGACGACUUCUCCCUCUCGCAAGACCAAAUGGUGCUCGCUGCCGUCAGGAUGUUCUCCGACCUCAGGCUGACCUCCAGGUUCAAGAUAGAGUACAAGACCCUGCUGAGGUGGCUCAUCACAGUGAAGAGAAACUACCGUAACGUCACCUACCACAACUGGCGCCACGCCUUCAACGUUGCCCACAACAUGUUUGCUCUACUGAAGAGUUGCAAUUUGAUGUCCAGCUUUGAGGACGUAGAGUGCCUGGCCAUGUUUGUCGGGUGUCUGUGUCACGACCUGGACCACCGCGGCACCAACAACUCCUUCCAGGAAAAGACAGGGUCAGCGCUGGCACUGCUGUACGGCACCCAGAACACCAUGGAGCAGCACCACUUCAACCACGCAGUGAUGAUCCUCAACUCUGAGGGGCACAACAUCUUCAGCAACCUGUCGUCGACGCAGUACUCGAGGGUCAUGAAUGUUCUGAAGGCAUCCAUCCUGGCCACUGACCUCACUGUGUACUUCCAAGUUCGAACACAGUUCUUCUCCUUGGUGAAUGAAGGGCAGUUUGAUAUGACCAACAGGAGUCACCGGGACCUCCUCCGCUCCCUCCUCAUGACUGCCUGUGACAUUGCUGCCUCCACCAAGCCCUGGGAUAUACAGUUCAAGGUGGCUCAGCUGGUGACCUCAGAGUUCUUCGACCAAGGUGACCUUGAGAAAACAACACUGAAAAUCACCCCCCCAGCACUCAUGGACCGAGACAGAAAACAUGAGCUUCCUCUCCUCCAGAUGCGCUGGAUCAAGGACAUUUGUCUCCCACUCUUUGAGGGCCUAGCAAAGGUGAUCCCCAAGUUGGCACCAAUGCGGGAUGGAGCCCUGAAGAACAUGGCCAAGUGGUCCAAGAUUGCGGCGGCCCAGGAGAACGGUGCCUGUGACCUGCUGGAGCCUCCCAAUCCCCCGCCGAGGGUCCCUGAUGGAUAGUCCACGUUGAGCUGCUGGAAGAACCAAGUCUGUUGUCUGUUAUAAGGCCUCAGUGACUCAGUCGGGUGGUGGCAAGGGAUGGAGGAGGAUAUACAGCAGUGAUAACAAAGAAUAUGAAACUCAGGAACAGUACUGAAGUGAUGAAGGAUAUACAGUGAAGACUGGUGAAGGAUAUAAAUGCACGGUUAUUAAAAGAUUUAUAGAAAGCUGUGCAGGUGUGGAUGUGGAAAACUAUAGCAGUAGCAGUGCCUGUGAAAGAAAGUACAUGGAGUGGCGAUAAAAGGAUUAUGUUCAUCAGUGGCUGUAAAGAACAGGACACUUGAUCUGUGCAGCAAUAAAAGAUCAUAUUGUAGCCCCUGUUGUUUGAUAAGUUUGCUGUGCAGUAAAGAGAUUAUGUAGACUCCUGUUACCUAUUUGAUGGUGUGCAGAGAUAAAGUGCAUUAGCAAUACCUCAUGCACAUGGCAUCAGAAUGAAACAGGUGAAGUGAGAUGGUUUUGAAAUGGUUUAUAACUUUGCCAAGAGAAAUGCCAAACAUUGUCUAUGAAGAGACAGCCAUCCCUUUCCUAAUGCAUGAGUGAGAUGACAGAAAAAGACUCAAGAAUAAAGAGGAAAGACAUUGCCUGAUCACUCUGUUCCUCCCCAAACACCAGUGCCUCCAUGCCCCACCUGGCACUGUCUCACCUUGCCGUGGCCUCAACAAACAGACUCCAGACUUGGUUCUUCCCCGACAACCUCUUCCCUUUGUCGGAUGUCGGUAGUGCAGCUCAACCCUCGGAGUACAUUACGCCAGAUCUUGGCAACCCAACUAAGAGUGUCAACCAGGAGUGUUAGGUGCAUUGUUUGUUUUCCUGUUGAAUUGAUUGAUUGAUUGAUUAUUUGCAUAUUGAUUUCCAUUUGAGCAAUUCGUCAUAGUGUUGGUAGAACUAUCUGAACCUUGAACUUUUCUGAUAGUAAUUAGAGUCAGUAGAAACGAAGGGUUUACUUGCAAAAAUUCAAUACUUUUUUUUACUGAACUUUGACUUGAUACUGAACACCUAAAAUGCUGGCCAGUAUUAAAAUAUGUCCUCCAAAAUUCUAGAGAGUAACAAGCUGAAAAUUGUAAUGUCGAAUAUGCAUGUGACAUCAAUCGAACAUCUGUGAUAUAGGUGAUUAGGAACGCUAAUUAGCAAGUUUUGGGGUGUGUCUCGGAAAUCCACCAAUUGUAUCAUACAUUGAAAGCCUGAAUCUUGAUUUUUUUACCUGAAACUCACAUAUAGCUAAAAGAAUUACCUUUCCAGCCCUUUGUAGGUAUAUGGCUUUCAUGGGGCAUCUCAUCUCUAACUUAUUGACUGUUCACUUGUAAGUCGGCUAAAGUGAACUGUUGUUACCAGCGUAACUUUGCUUUUUUGGGUGUGAUAAGUGCAUUGCCUACGGCCGAUAGGCUUUGAGUGUGGCCACAACAAUGCUGACGUGAGGAUGCUGAAAUGGUUAAAAGUGGUGAAGCUUAUUGACUAGUGAGCAGCACAUUUUUGGCGGCUGCUGCAUCAACAUAUCCCUGGUGAAGGACGGUUUUUGACAUGUAACACUUUGGAAGCUGUUAAUAAUGCCAUAUAUUUGUAAAUGACAACUUUUCUUAGCUAAACUUUACAUAUACAUCAAUAUAUACAUAUACACACAUACAUAGACAAAUAUAUAGCUACAAGCACUCAUGUAAUUGAUUAAAAUAGAGGUGAUUGUGGUACUAUUCUGCAGUUUUCUCUAUGUACACACACACACACACACACACACACAUACACAUACACAUCUUUAGUGAAAAUAUGAGAAAGUGAGUGAGUGAGUGAAUGAGUGAGUGUGUCCUUUGUGUUAUACAGAACAAUGAUAAGAUAGCAUAAAGAUAGCAGGAAAAAGUUUACUUGAAACACUACAAUAUAUUGAUCAUAAAAAAAAGAACAUAUAUCUUUGACUACCUCUUGCUUCUGCUACUCUAUAAGUACUACUACUGUGCUAAUACUACUUCUGCUACUACAGUACCAAUACCACUGUUACUAAUACCACCACUACUACUACUGUUACUACUGUUGCACACACAUACAACAUGCUACUAUAAUGCAUACUCCUAUCAAUCAGUACACCUCACAUAUAGGACAGUAGGCUACAGUGGAAGGUUUUAUCAUCAUACUGGAUGCUGAUCAGUUAUUCUCAGAGAUUAUUAAGACUACUUCUGUGACCAAGCAAUUCUCUUUGUGGACGAUGUGUUACUAGCUUCCAGAAAUGCUUCAGCUGUACUACUAAGUCUCCUGCACAAAGUGUUAUUUUGCUGUCCUCUCACUCCCCCAUCCCAUGAUAGUCUUUUUAGUUUUGUUUCUGUUCGCUUUUUUUUCUGCAGCUAUAUUUACAUAAGAAAGAACAAGUUGAAUAUGAGGUUAUUAUUUAUGAUACCAUUUAUUUUCUAGCAAAAGUUGUGGACACUCUCGGGGGAGUGUGGCUCUGUGACCUACCCAGACUCAAAGAGAAUCAGGAUCAUGUUAAAAUGUGAGAAAAUAAGAAACCUGGAUAAUUUAUGACAUUCAGUUCUUUCAUAAUUUUCUAUAAUUGAUGGGCAUCUAGUUUUUACUCAUGUAUUACUCCCUUCCUCAUUGCCCUCAUCAAGCUUUCAGAAAAGACUCUUUUUGCUUAUGUAUAUCCUGCUAUACAUUCCACAAAAGGCUCUUAUAUAUUUCAUUAUAUUAAAAAAAAAUAAAAAAAAACAGUUCUGUAUCAAGACAGUAGGGUGGGGAUCACAAAGUUUUUUUCCAUUUUAAUUAUCAGUGGCUGUGAACAUGGCAGGACUUCUCUGAAUUGGCCCUUCAGUCAAGUGCACAGUUUGCUAUCAGUGCGUCUUCUGAGUUCCAAGCUUUAUAUCUUCCUGAGAUUGUACUUGUCAAGGAAGUCUUGGGCUUUUCCUUUACUGUGUCAUGUGCAGUCCUGUGCAAAUGAAAAGAAUGUAAGAUAUGAAGCUCACCAAAACUUGAUACUCAACACUUUUACAUAUUCAUCUCUGCUUUGUAUGUUUUAACUUUGAUCUGUUGAACCAUGUCAUCAGGCAACAGAGUCCACUUUCAUGCUGAAAUAUGUAAACUGAUAUGAGGCUUGAACAACACAACAUGGUUGAAUGUGCAUGCUA